CAUUGCGAAUAGUUUAGUUAGUCUGUGAUAGUUAUUGCUGUGAUUCGGUAUGCCUUGGAUGUGCUGACUCCGUAGCUCUUAUUACCCACAACACCUCAACGCCACUAAACUGGGUUACUAUAAUCUAUCGCGUGCGCGGUUUAAGUGUCUAACACUACUUGACAACAAGUGGAGAAAUACUUAAGUAUUAAAAAUUUUUAUAAUAUUAUAUGAUUUGAAUGUGUGAAUUCUGCGCAUGCGUACACCGGUUCGUUGAGUAGUCGAAGACUAGUAUUUUAUUAAAACAAAUAAAAUCAAUUUGCAAAGUUAGUAGAUCUCCAAGUCGCGAACAAGAGUCAUCUAGACACGUGUUUCGACAGUCGCGCUUAUCCGAUCGUUUGCGAACAGCGCGUUUAUUUAGUGGUUGACCGUCAAUUCCAACACCAAAUUGUUCUCAUUCUAAACAAAAUGGUACAAAGUAUAUCCACUCAAGAUGCCGCCGCUGUUAACAAAUUUCGAGGACCUAAUGCCUACACUUUCACUGACUGCUUGGCAUUAACAAACAUUGGCAAAUUUAAUUACUUUUUAAUAUUCAUCUCCGGCAUGGUGAUGGCCACGCUGCUGCUGGAAACCUCCUCAAUGGGAUUUAUUCUACCAAUUGCACAAUGUGAUUUGCAAUUAACAAAUGUGGAUAAGGGUGUUCUUAGCGCGAUAAGUUUUCUAGGCAUAAUAACGAGUUCGCAUUUGUGGGGGUUUUUGGCAGAUACAAAGGGUCGUCGUAAAGUAAUGAGACCUACACUGUUGGCCACAUUUACGAUUACGAUACUCUCAAGUUUCGCAAUCAAUUAUUGGGUUAUGGUUUUACUGCGUUUCUUUAAUGGAUUUUUUUUGGCUAGCACUGCAACAAUUUACGCUUAUCUCGGAGAAUUCCAUACAGAUAAAACACGCUCACGAGCUAUUAUGGGAUCAGCAUUCAUAUUCGCUCUUGGCGCAAUGAUUUUACCAAUGAUCGCUUUUCUAGUCAUUAAUCGAGAUUGGGUUCUGCCUUUGUCAUUUCUGGGCAUAGAUUACAAGCCCUGGCGUCUAUUUAUAAUCGUAUGUGGCAUUCCCGGGUUUCUUUGUGGAUUGUCACUCUUUGUAUUACCCGAAAGUCCAAAAUUUUUGCUUGCUAUUGGAGAGGAAAGCAAAGCAAUUGAAGUAUUGCAAAAAAUUCAUCGUUGGAAUGGUGGAAAGGAAGAGCUCAUUAUUACACAUAUUUUGCCCGAAGAUGACGCAGCAGUCUCAACAAUGAAAUUUAACAGCAAUUUCGAUUCGAAUUCGAAUUUCGCACUUGUCUUUUUGCAAACGAUGUGGAACCAAACCGCACCACUGUUCCAGCGGAAAUAUUUACGAAUCACAAUGAUCAUUUGCUUUAUACAAUUUUGGUUGCUUGUCGUCACCAAUGGCCUGUAUAUGUGGUUCCCGCAUAUUAUGAAUAGUGUCGCCGCGUUCAUGCAGGAACACCCAGGCGAGCACAAACAAAUUUGUGAGAUUGUCUAUAACCAUCAAGAAGGCUUAUACAAUACUGAUGGAACGAUCGCAUGCAUUGACAAGCUGGAAGAUUCCACAUAUUAUUAUUCUUUCAUCAUGGAAAUAAUGUAUGCCAGCUCAUUCGCAUUCAUUGGCUUCGUCAUAAAUCGUGUUGGAAAGCUAUUAAUUCUCUUUAUUACCUUAAUAUUCUUCACAACCUGUGGCUUAGUAUCAGUCUUCAUAGUCGAUCCAGCUGUAGCCGCCUACCUCUAUGUGCUCUUUUUCGUGGUGGGCGCGGCUAUUUAUGUGCUGAGUGCGGUUACAGUCGACUUAUACCCUACACACCUGCGCGCCAUGGCCGGUUGUAUUUCACUUAUGGUGGGUCGUUUGGGCAGUGUAGUCGGCGCUAAUAUUGCCGGCGUCCUAAUGAGUCAUUAUUGUAAAUGGAACUUCUACAUCUGCUGCGGUGCUAUGUAUUCUUGCGCCUUUCUCGCACUCCUGCUGCCACGUAAGAGUCCCGAUGCGGCGGUCAAAAGUGAAGCGUGAUCGUUGGUUUAUGAUUCCUUAGUUUUUAGCAAUAUUUGCGUGGACAUAUCUCUUAAAGAAUUUAGUACAAGUUUACGCGCAUGGAUUUAAAUGGAUAUAUAUAUACAUAUAUAUGUAUGUAUGUAUGUAUUAUUUAUUUCAUAGCUUAGUAACUUAAGUCAAGCGAAACGAUUAACCCAUAACCAUUUAACUAGAGUUUUGUAAACUCUCACAAUAGUGAUAUUAAAAAUUUAUUAGAAUAUAAGUUAUAUGAUUUGUAAAUUAGUCUAAAUAGAGAUAGGUUUUUAUAAAAAUAUGGAUUU